AUGACUUUCUUCCACUUUGCCAACUGCUGUGUCCUCGCUUUUUCUCCGUAUUUUAUGGUCUACAAGUACUCUGCCCUUUCUGAGUACAGCUCGUUGUUCCAAUUCCUUCAAGCCGGUGGAAUCUACUUUGUCACUCAGUUCUGCAAACUCUUGACCUAUGCAACAUUCUUCCCGUCACCGGACAAUUAUACGAUUUCUGGAGUAAGUUGUUUUAGAAAUUUUGUUGUACUUGAUGUUUAGGAGAAAAAUUGGAUGUUAUUGCUGGGAAUACUUUCUUAAAAAGCCCGAAAGCUGUGUCAGGCCGUGUGAGAUAGGGUUUUAUUAUUUUUUUUUAUCUUGAAAAUGUGGAUUUCUUUCUUGCAGUUAUUUGUUUUGACAUGGAUAAUUUAAGUUUUUUCGAGGAUGCAAAGAUAAAUGAAUUGUGUUGUGAGUGUUUCCAUGGUCUAAUGGAGAUGUUACAAUGCUUUUUUGAACGUUCUCGGCAACUCCGUGACUCUUAAUAACCCAAUCCACAUAAGCUCUCAUGGAUAAUAUACUUUUACGUUUUUUUACUCUAUUCAUUUCAGUACCAACACUUUGUCAUGAACUCGGGUGAUCUCUUCGACGUUGUGGGUCUGUGGCUAGCCAUUAAUAUUGUCAGUGGCCGCGGAGAAGUGCGUUUCCUUGUCUCCGGAUUCAGCUGGGCUUUCGCUCAUUCCAUCGCUUCCCACCUUCUGCCAUUGUUCAUUGGUGCUCGAAAAAUGGCAUUUUCUUGGGCCUAUGUUCAAAGGGGAAUUGAGGCAAAUGCCGAUAUGGUGUUCUUCAUUGGACUGGCGACAUUUGUUUGGCUCAGCAAAAGAAAUGACAAGAACAAUAUUUAUCGAGUGGCUAUGGGAUUUGUGUUGGUUGGAUGGGCUCGUACCGCUAUUCUGGCGUGAGUUUAUGAUUGAUGGAAGAUUUUAGCGUAGAUUUUGUUUAGAUAACGAAAAGUUUUUGCAAUUUUUUUGGCUUAUAUUAUACUAGCCUAAAAAUGUUGUAUGAUAUAUCCUUCUAAUCGUUUUUUAGAGAUAGAAUCAAUAUGGACGUAUUUUACCCCAAAAUAAAGAAUUGCUUUAAUUCCGAUCAAUUUCAUCCAUAAAAUUCGACCUUAUUUUAGCUACCUCCAGACCCAGUACAAUGUCGUUUCAUGGUCUCUGGUCGCCGCCAAGGUGAUCUACGCUUCUGCCUAUGGUCUCGCAGCUUUGGUCACUUACUCAAAUCUCGGGUACAGCACUGCGAAGUCUCUCUAA